AACGACAGAAAAAAAACAACUGAUAAAGGUACGUCCACCGCGUCGGUGAACCCCGAAAGCUCGGGGUCCAGUCUGUGGUACAAGCCCACUGGAGUGUGUUAUGUGAGGGGGCAGGACAGCGCUCAUUUCCCCCGAUGAGCUCCGUCUCUGAGCAUGACAGCUAACGGUUAGCCUAACAGAAAAGAGACACACCAAUAAACAUAUACCUAGUUGACGUGAAUCUGAUAAACUCCGUAUUAUAACCGAGUUUAAUUGUGAGUGUGUGAUACAUUGCCCGUGUCUGUUGUUGUUGUUGGGAAUUGGCUGUAUGUCACAUGAUUCACCUUCCUUCGCCCUGAUCUGAGAGAAGGUGAAGAUUCCCAAAGCCGCACAACGAAGCGCUUCAGAGCGGUGAUGCCAUGGCUGCUGCUCACACCUCUGAGAAGUCCCAACUCAUCCUCACAGUGGUGUCUGCAAAGCCUCAAUCUCCGAAGCUCCCCAGCCGUCAUUCACGUCUCAGCACUUUUGUGGAGGUGACAGCUGAUGGCUUGAGCAGUGAGAGCAAGAAAACGGGCAAGCGCAGCGGUCAUGUGGAGCUACAGUGGAAUGAGGACCUGAUGCUAAAUGUAACGCCUCAGAGUCAUCUGGACCUCAAGCUGUGGAGCUGUCACACCCUGAGGAAGGAGCUGCUGGGCAGUGCUACCAUUGACCUCAUGGAUACUCUGCGCACACACCAGGGCAAAAUGGAGAACAUCCAGCUAAGUUUAGUGCUACAGACGGAGAGCAAAGGCACAGUUGUGAGUGGAGGUGAACUCACAGUGUGUCUGGAUGGCCUCGUCGUAGAUCUGGGAUCCCUAUCCAGCAACAACAGCCCAGCAGCAGACAAGUCGUCAUCAGAGAGAGGAGACCUGAGCAGUACUCAGACUGAGCCAAAUCCCACUGUGGCCUCUCACAGCAGGAGUGACCGUCUGUGUGCGGGGGUGUCCCAGGGCACUCCCAACAGGUUGGGGUCUGGGUUGACUGGAGAUCCCACUGAAGAGCCAGGCCUGUCCCAGCUCAGCCAAACCAAGUCCUACAUCCCGGGAGGCACCACAGAUAAAGUGGAGCUGUCAUGUGGAGCUGGAGAUGGCAUGGUUGGGUCUCCCCCUCCGCCUUCAUGUAUGGACCCUCCACUGACCUCAGUCCAACCCGACACCACUGUGAGCAGCACUGCCACAGACCCCAGUGUGGAUAUGCUUCCAGCUGGCUGGGAGCAGAGAGUCCUUCCUCAUGGCAGAGUGUAUUAUGUGGACCACAACACCAAAACCACAACCUGGGAGAGACCCCUGCCCCCUGGCUGGGAGAAGCGAGUGGACCAAAGAGGCAGAUUCUAUUAUGUGGACCACAACACGCGGACCACCACAUGGCAGAGGCCUACGGCUGAGUCUGUGAGGAGCUACCAGCAGUGGCAGAGUCAGCGCAGCCAGCUUCAGGGGGCCAUGCAGCACUUCAGCCAACGCUUUCUUUAUCAGCCUUCUGGAGCGCCCGUGGAAAAUGACCCUCUGGGCCCACUUCCUCCAGGCUGGGAGAAGCGCCAGGACAAUGGUAGAAUGUAUUUCGUCAACCACAACACACGCACCACGCAGUGGGAUGACCCACGAACUCAAGGGUUGGUUAAGGAGCAUCCCCUGCCCCCCGGCUGGGAGAUGAAGUACACCCCUGAAGGAGUUCGCUAUUUUGUGGAUCACAACUCGCGCACCACCACGUUUAAAGACCCUAGGCCCGGCUUUGAGUCAGGAUCUCGUGAGGGCGGCUCCCCAAGGGCGUAUGACCGGAGCUUUAGAUGGAAAUACCACCAGUUUCGCUUCUUGUGCCAUUCUAAUGCAUUACCAAGCCACGUGAAGAUCUCCGUGUCCAGGCAGACGCUCUUUGAGGACUCCUUUCAGCAGAUCAUGAACGUGAAGCCGUACGACCUUCGGCGCAGACUGUACAUCAUAAUGCGAGGGGAGGAGGGGCUGGACUACGGAGGCAUCGCCAGGGAGUGGUUCUUUCUGCUGUCCCACGAGGUGCUCAACCCCAUGUACUGUCUGUUUGAGUACGCAGGCAAGAACAACUACUGCCUGCAGAUCAACCCUGCCUCCUCCAUUAACCCUGACCACCUCACCUACUUCCGCUUCAUCGGGCGCUUUAUCGCCAUGGCGCUGUACCAUGGUAAGUUCAUUGACACUGGCUUCACACUGCCGUUCUACAAACGAAUGCUGGACAAGAAACCCACCCUUAAAGACCUGGAAUCCAUCGACCCCGAGUUUUAUAACUCCAUCAUGUGGGUCAAGGAGAACAGCCUAGAGGAGUGCGGCUUGGAGCUCUACUUUGCACAGGACAUGGAGAUCUUGGGCAAAGUGUCUACACACCAGCUGAAGGCUGAUGGAGAGAACCUGUUGGUCACUGAGGACAACAAAGAUGAGUAUAUUGGACUGCUGACUGACUGGAGAUUCACUCGGGGGGUAGAAGAGCAAACCAAAGCUUUUCUGGAUGGGUUUAAUGAAGUGGUCCCUCUCGAGUGGCUGCGAUACUUUGAUGAAAAAGAGCUUGAGCUGAUGCUAUGUGGGAUGCAGGAGAUCGAUCUGGCAGACUGGCAGAAGAACACCAUCUACCGGCAUUAUACCAAGAACAGCAAGCAGAUCCACUGGUUCUGGCAGGUGGUGAAGGACAUGGACAAUGAGAAGAGAAUCCGUCUCCUUCAAUUUGUGACUGGCACAUGUCGGCUGCCUGUCGGAGGCUUUGCAGAGCUCAUAGGGAGCAAUGGUCCUCAGAAGUUCUGCAUUGAUAAAGUGGGGAAGGAAACUUGGCUUCCACGAAGCCACACAUGCUUCAACCGAUUGGACCUGCCGCCGUACCGGAGCCUGGAGCAGCUGAGGGAGAAGCUGCUGUUUGCCAUUGAAGAAACAGAGGGCUUCGGACAGGAGUGAAGCCUGUGCUGCGUACAAGAAUUUACUUCAAAUCUGACAGACAUUUGGCUUCCCUAGAAUCAAUGCAUUGCUGAUCUGCAUAAGCACGCACUCAACAGGUUUUAAAUUUCACCUAAAACACAUUUUCUAGAGUAUGGCCUCAGCAUGGCUUCAGAGGGUACUCGUGUCUCACUUUGGACCCAGUUGCCGCCUGAUUAGAGUUUUAUUUUUCUGUUCAUUGUGAAAUUCUGCAUUUGCCCUGUACAUAGCUGAAAUAAAUGUUUCAAUCUUGACAUGUGA